AUGGAUCCGCCAAGCGACCCCGAUGCCCCACAACAACCCGCCAGGAAUCCGAUUCCUCACUUUCUAUUCAUUUCUUUCAUGCUAUUUCUCCUCACGAACCAUAACGGCGACGAGUUCCUUGCUAGACACCAGUAUCAGGACUCAUUGCGCACACUAACCUACCAGCUAUCUAAUUUCACGGCUUGGCUAAACGGGACCACGGAAACGAAUUUUACCAUGCCCGAACAUGAUGGCACAGUCCUUCCAUUACUCGGUCAUUUCAAGGUGGAAGGCGGACCUCUCGACGUCGCAUCCUCCUACUAUGCUAACAGUACCGGCACCUAUCACGGCGACACCACGUUCUAUAAUCUGACUUCAAUCGAUUCGUCAUCAGAAUGGUCUCAUCUCGCGGAGCAGUAUAUGCUAGCUACCAACUCAACGGCGGCUUGGGAUAAGUUGGGGUCUUGGAAUUGGACUGCGUCAGAUAAAGUAGCGCUAAGCUUGGCUGAGCGGCCAGCGCCAACAUCUAAUGUCUCUGAAAAGGUCACUUUGAUCCAUGGAAAAGUCGAAUUAACCGACAAGUUCACCGCAGAAGACCUUCGUCUCGACUUUGAAGGCAUUCAUUUUGUUGCGAAUGGGUCUAUGUACGCCCUCGCGCAGUCUUCAGGCCAACCCAUUGAUCUUCGAUUCCUGCCUUCCAUUGUUCCCGGCGCAUAUAGAAACGACACCGCAAGAAUCAUCGAGCCAGAAUUGGCCUCCCGCAUUGAUAAACUGAAGAAACUUAUUGACGCUGGUGUCAUAGAACAAGAUUUGUCCUUGGACGAGGCCUCAAAAACCUCCUGUACAUUUUCCCUAUAUAUAGCGCAAGAUCCUGUGCACGUGGCAGAGCAUCUUCUUGCUCAACUCGAGGAGGAAAUUCAACACCCGACGGGUGUUUGGACCGUUCGCGCACCACCAAUGUCUCUGAGCGGAGUGUUAAUGAGUAAGGAGUGUGGAAUACUGUAUGAAUUCCACCGAACAGAGGGCUUGGGCUUAAGUUCGUUAUUCCGCAAACUCACUACGUAUGCGGGGAGUGCCGCGUUGGCCUACUUCAUUAUGUUGGUCCUGCUGUCGCGGCAAAUGCAACAUAGUCGAACACCCACUGGCAUUUCACGGCUGUCAUUUUGGACGUUUAUGGUGCAGGCAACUGUAGACUCGUUGUCGUUUGCAGGUCAUACCGUGUUCGCGCUUGUUGCCGACGGCAAACCCUCAUUGUCACUGGUCGCACCUGCCUUUCUUGCCUGUGUUCUCUUCGCUAACGAGGCGCAAUUUGCCAUGCUCAUUCACCAAUUCCAGGCUCCCGAAGAUGCCAGGCCACCUGUGCUGGCAUUGGGUCCCGCUACAGGGAACUCCACACCUGAACCUGCGACAGAAUCUCCCGCCACGUUGUCCCCUCCUGCUCCUGCUAUUCUUCCUUCCCCCAACGUCCAAAAUGCGACUCCUCAACAGCCGUCAUUUCUUGCCUUCUUCAUCCACCAUCUCCGGACCGACCCACAACUGCGCCUUUGGCUCAUUUUAUUUGUGUUCCUUUCGCUGAUUGUGCACACAAUCUUAUCGGCGACUCUGUCCAUCAUGUUCGUUGCGGGCUCAUAUUCGAUGUUUUGGUUGCCACAAAUCGUCCGAUCCGUUCGACGGGGUCGAAGCAGUGGCCUCUCCACCGAAUACCUCGUGGGAACAACGUUAUGCAGACUGUCUAUUGCUCUGUAUUUUUUGCUUUGCCCUAAGAAUGUUCUCGAUAUCGAGCCACGAUCAUGGUCCCGCUAUCUGGCCCUUUUUGUGUGCUCGCAGGUAAUCGUGAUCAUCUUACAAGACUCCGCCUUGGGACCAACUUUCUUCCUUCCCCGAAAAUACGCUGUCGUGAAAGCUCACGACUACCACCCAGUCAUGCCUAUUCCCGAUAAUGAUGUUGAAAGUGCAGACUUGUCGUUGGGUGACUGCGCAAUCUGCAUGGAUGCCAUCUAUGCUGAUCCAUCAUUGCGACGGCGCAGGACCUCCCUCGACGAUAAGGGUGGCUCCGGGAAGGCGAGGUCUGGCGGAAUUCUCAAUGCAGUUCACAUUGGGGGAGCAAAUUCACGGAAAAAUUACAGUCUUGCACCGUGUCACCAUUUAUUUCACACGGAAUGUCUUGAGAAGUGGUUAUCUAUCAAGAACAUUUGUCCACAAUGCCGACGACCUUUACCGUCUCUUUAA